AUCACACACAUGACACACUCGCCAUCUCACUCUCUCUCUCUCCCAAGUCCCACCUACUUAUAUUUACGUCUCUCUCAUCUCUCCCACUCUCCCACUCUCACUCUCUCUCUGGUUCGAACAUUUGAGACUUACUUUCUCACGCUAUAAAGGCCGGGAUAAAUUUUGACAGUAUCCGACAGGAAUAUGACAAAUCCAGCUUCUGUAGACAACAUUACCUUGUUCGUAGCUCUCAUAUGUGUUUGCAUUGUCAUUGGUCAUCUUCUUGUAGAAAAUAAAUGGACGAAUGAGUCCACCACUCCGCUUUUCCUAGGACUAUGUUCUGGAGUUGUCAUUUUGCUGUCAUCAGGUGGAACAAACUCUCGCAUUUUUGAGUUUGACGAACAACUUUUCUUCAUAUAUCUUCUUCCGCCUAUAAUAUUUAAUGCAGGGUUUCAGAUGAAAAAGAAGCAAUUUUUUCAAAACUUCAUGACAAUCAUGCUAUUUGGAGCUCUUGGUACACUUAUGUCCUUUACAAUCAUAUCAUUUGGUGCAAGGUAUUUAAUCGAAAUGCUGAAUAUUGGCUCUUUGGAGAUCAAGGAUUAUCUCGCAAUUGGAGCAAUUUUUUCGGCUACAGAUUCUGUAUACACCUUGCAGAUUCUUAGUCAAGAAGAGACACCUUUGUUGUACAGCAUAUUGUUCGGGGAAGGAGUGGUGAAUGACGCUACAUCUGUAGUUCUCUUUCAUGCAAUUCAAAAAUAUGACCUCUCCGACAUCAACGUGAAAACUGCCUUUCAAUUUGGGGGGACUUUCUUGUUUCUGUUUACUACAAGCACCUUGUUGGGGGUCUCAGUUGGAUUGCUCAGUGCUUUUAUCAUGAAAAAGUUGCAUCCCGGAAGGCAUUCUUCUGAUCGUGAAAUGGCGCUUAUGAUUCUGAUGGCUUACCUUUCAUAUAUGAUGGCUGAGCUGUUUGACUUGAGUGGUAUACUUACCGCAUUCUUUUGCGGGUUAGUCAUGUCACAUUACGCUUGGCAUUCUAUGACUGACGGGUCAAAAGUAGCGACAAGGCAUGCCUUCGCAACAUUUUCAUUCAUUUGUGAAAUAUGCAUCUUUCUUUAUGUUGGUAUGGAUGCAUUGGACUUGGAAAAGUGGAAUUUUGUUAGCAGCUGUCCCGCAAAAUCUGUUGGCAUGAGUGCUUUGCUGCUUGGCUUGGUUCUGAUCGGAAGAGCAUCAUUUGUAUUCCCUCUUUCCUUUAUAUCAAACCUUACCAAGAAGUCCACGAGUUAUAAAUUAAACCUCAAGCAACAGGUUAUAAUAUGGUGGGCUGGUCUAAUGAGAGGCGUUGUUUCAAUGACACUUGCUUAUAAUCAGUUUACGAGAUUCGGGCAUACCCAACAACAAGCAAAUGCUAUUAUAUUAACCAGCACAAUGACUGUUGUUCUUUUCAGUACUAUGGUUUUCGGAUUGAUGACAAAACCUCUAGUAAGACUCUUGAUGCCUCCACCGAUACUAAACAGAAAUGUCCUGUCCUCUGAACCAUCAAGUCCAAAUACCUUGCCACUUUUGCAUAGUUCUCAAGAUCCAGAAAGUGAUACAGAACAUGAAGAUAUACACAGGUCAGCCAGCCUGAGCAGGAUCUUAAGCACAACAAGUAACACUAUUCAUCGGUACUGGAGAAAAUAUGAUGAUAGAUAUAUGAGACCACUGUUCGGCGGCAGAGAAGUUGUUCAUCCUGUUCCUGCUUCAUCAACGAAUAAUGAUUCGCAGUAAAAUCAUUGAUCAGUAGCACACUGCCAAGUAGAGAACACUGUAUACUUGUUCUAUCCAGGUAUGGCUAGUAAUGCCAAUUUCGUUGUCAGAAGCAUUUUAUCCAUGAGGAAUUCUAUGAUGUAUAUUUACUGUCGUGUCAUUGAGAGUGGUGUCCAUGCAGUUGUUUAAAGACUGCUAAAUUUUGUCCCUAAAUUUUACUGUAACAGAUGCAGUUAAGAUACUUGUCAA